UGCCUGUGCGCGCUGUGCGAGUUGGGACCCUAAACAAAAGGCUGCCAUCAUCCUAAAGGAGAUAUUCUACUGGAGAGAGUCCGUCUGCUUGAUGCUAACUAAACAUGAGCUCCUAUUUUGUUAAUCCUCUUUUUUCUAAGUACAAAGGCGGCGAGUCACUGGAGCCAACUUACUACGACUGCAGGUUUCCACAAAGCGUUGCCCGCAGCCACACGCUGGUUUACGGACCCGGAGCAGCUGCACCGGGCUUUCAGCACCCGUCCCAUCAUGUGCAGGACUUUUUCCACCACGGGACCACGGGGAUCUCCAACGCCGGAUACCAGCAAAACCCCUGCGCUUUGGCUUGCCACGGAGACGCAACGAAAUUUUAUGGAUAUGAAGCCCUUCCGAGGCAAACGCUUUAUGGUACCCAGCAAGACGCAAGCCUAGCGCAAUACCCAGACUGUAAAUCGUCGAGCAGCUCUAACCCCGGAGAAGGACAAGGCCACUUAAAUCAAAACUCCUCUCCCAGUCUUAUGUUUCCUUGGAUGAGACCCCACGCCCCAGGAAGACGGAAUGGGAGGCAAACCUACAGUCGUUACCAAACUCUUGAACUGGAGAAGGAGUUUCUCUUCAACCCUUACCUGACCCGCAAGAGAAGGAUCGAGGUGUCCCACGCCCUGAGCCUCACCGAGCGACAGGUGAAGAUUUGGUUUCAGAACAGAAGGAUGAAGUGGAAAAAAGAGAACAACAAAGACAAGUUUCCGGGUCAGAGAGGAGAGGCUGAAGCCGAGGCCGAGGAAGAGGGCAACGAGGACGGUGAAGGGGAAGAGGCAGAAGAGAAAGAAGCGGAAGAGAAAGAAGAGACCAAGGAAUGA